AUGUUACUCGAAUCCAAUCAUCUGAAUACACUUUUAUCAUUUGUUCGAUCAAUUUCAAGAUCGAAUGAUCCUGAUCAAUUACUAACUUAUAAUAAACGUGCAUCUUUUCUACUUAAUUCAUUAUUAAAACAAAUUCGUGAUCGUUUACAAUCAGUACAAAAAUUGAUAAUUGAUCAACGUUUAGAAAAUGUUAUUAUUUCAUUAGCAUAUUUAGCUGUCGAACUUUCAGAUAGAUGCAAAAUUCGAGAAGAUAUUGUUCAAGUUUUAAUUGAAUUCUAUCAAAAAAUACCUACAGCAAAAUAUUAUGAAGUAGCAUCAUUUAAUUAUAAACAUGCUUUACCGCCUGCUGAAGUAUUUAGUUUUUGUCUUCAUACAGCUUUAACUGAAUUAGCAGCUACUUCAGAUACGUCAAAGAUGAGAGAUAAAAUAAUGUUUCUCGUCGCGGAAAUUAUUCGACAGAUAGUCGAAGGUUUACGUAAAGCAGCACAUGAACAUUCAAAAGAGAGAUAUCAAUCGAUUUAUCGAUUUGAAGUACCAUUUUUAUUCGGAGCACUUCGAGCAAUUGGAAGAAUAUCCAUAACUGAUCAAAGUUUAAUGUCACAAUUAUAUCCAGUAAAUUUUAUACCUUCUACACAUUCAAUUUAUAUUGAACAAAUAACAUCAACAGAAAAUUCAUCAACAAAUCUUAAAAGUCCUACCAUAUCAUUUCGUCCAAUAAUACCAAAAGUUCUAACAAAGAAUGUUCUAUCAUCAACAAGUGAUAACAUACAACAAUUAUCACAUUCAAAUACAAAUCAUAUUUUAUCAACUGGUGAACAACAAGAUUAUUCAACAGUAUAUAAUCAUCUAACAUCAACAUAUCGAUCACUUUCUUCGGUAGAUAGUAAUGAUAUGCCAAUGUUUGAUGAUGAUAUUCCAAUAAAUACCCUAUUCUUUUCCGUUUCUGGUUCAACUUAUCGUCGUCGAAUCAUUUCUUCAUCACAUAUCAAUUCCAAUCGAUUUCAUGUUUGUGUUACUGUACCUAUAUUGGAACAUUUACAUGAAACAUUAAAAUUAAUUGAUAAUCGUGUUGUUAAAUAUUUGGAUAAAGUAGCAGUUGUUGAAUAUGAUUCAAUCAGUCGAACAAAUAUAUGUACACCAAGUUCAAAAUCUCCAACACGUCAUUUUCCUUAUACAUAUUUCGGUGAUUUACUUAUAUUAUGUAUAAUAAAAUUAUUUCGUGAUAAUCUUGAAUUACUUGAAAGAUUUAAUGAACGAAUAACUUCAAUAACAAAAUCAACAUAUUUAUUUGUACAACAAUUGAUAUCAUUAAAAUUACUUGAUUUAGAUAAUGAUGAAUAUGAAAAAAUUCCACAUCGUUAUCGAACACGUGUUGAUGCAGAUGCAGCAGCACUUGAAUUACUUUGUCUAUCAUGUGAUGAUGAAAUAGAAGCAGAAAAGUUAUGUACAAAAUGUGCAGAAAAAUUUAGUCAAGAAUCUUUAAGUAUUAAAUUAUUGGCAGCACAAAUACCAUUAUUAGUAACAUCAUUAGAAGUAUUAAGUCGAUUAGCAGAAAAACAUAAAUCAUUAGCAACAUAUGUUAUACGAGCAUUAUGUGAUUUUUUAACUGAACCAUCACCACUGCUUUAUAAAUUAUAUCGUCAUACGAGUUUGAAAAUUGAUGGACAAGAACGUGGAUUUUUUUUUAAUGAACAAGCAAAAACUUUCAAAGAAUAUCGAGCAUUUCAAAUAUUUGAAAAAUUACGUGAUGCUGCAAUUGAAGGACUUUGCAAAUCAUUAUUUAUUUCUCUGGAUUCGAAUCCAAAAUGUGUUGAAGCUUUACUUGUUCAACUUUCUGCAAGACUUGCGUCUGGUCAUGUUAAUGAUAAACAAACAUCAUUAGUAUCUCAUAAUACAAUUCUUACAUUGGGUCAUAUGGCAGUAGCAUUAAAAGAUGUUCAACAUACUCAACAAUCAAUUUUAGCACGAUUUCAACAACGUCUUGGUGAUCCACCAUCACCACUUGAUAUUCUUAUUAUAAAUCAAAUUGGUUGUAUGCUUAUUUCAAGUCUCCCACAAACAACGUAUGAAGAAAUUAUUGGACUUUUUACAGAAAUUAUUAUUGAUUCAACUUAUCAUGUUUAUGAUAAUACAAAUACAUUAACAACAACAGGACGACAUACAACUAAAUAUAAACAAGCAUCAAAUGCUGUUAUCAAUGCAUUAGCUAAUGUAGCUGCUAAUAUUCAAGGUUCAGUAGAAUUAAUGAAUUUAUUAACUAGUAUUCUCGAGUUAUUUGUUCAACUUGGUUUACGAGCAAAAGAUGUUAGUGAAAAAUUAACAAAAAAUACUCUUAAAGUAUCGAAUACUGCAGGUAGUCUUGGCGUGUUGAUACCUGUUAUAGCUAUUGUUAUGCGUCGUAUAUCGGUUAUUGUUGAACCAUCUGAACGUGUAUUUCGUUUAUUUCAACAUUUUUGGUUCUAUUGUGUACUAUUUGGUUUUGCUGAUUCUGAUCGAGGUUCAUGGCCAUCAGAAUGGCAUGAUUGUGUUCGAUUAAUUGCAACAAAAUCACCAACAUUAGUAGCACAAACAGGUCCAUAUGUACCAUUAAAAUCAGCUAUGCCAUUGAAACCCGAACUGAUUACUAAAGAAGAUAAUAAUGAAUUAAAAUCAAAAUUAAAUACAGUUUUUUCUGCUUAUCCAUCAGCUAAACCAUUUAUUGAUAGAUUUGGUUUUGAACAAAGUGCUUAUACUCUUUCUGUAUAUUAUUUAGAAACAUAUAGAGUUCGUCAUUCAAUGAUCCCAUCAGCAUUUCAAUGUAUAUUUUCAUAUCUUGAAGAUCCUGGUUUAUUAAAAGAUAAAUAUGGUUUAUGGACAUUAAUGACAGCUGUUGGAAGAAAAAGUUUUGAAAUAUAUGUUGAAGAAAUGAAGAAAAUGCCAAAAAGUCCUGAAAGAAAUAAAAAUCUUAAAACACAAUGUCAAUUUUUUAUGGUUAAACGAACUCAUGUUCGUGCUGAAGUACGCGAUGAAGCUAAACUCUAUCUUCAUUCAUUAUUAUCGAAAAAUGCUUUUCCACAUUUAUUCUGUAGUUCAGUUAUAAUUGAAACAUUGAUGAAUAUAAUUAAUAUUCUAUCCUAUUCAUUAAAUGAAGAUAAUUUACAUAAAGUAACUGCACAUCAUCGUGUACCAGAUACAAAUUAUACAAUUCAAUUUGUUGAUACACAUGAAAAACGAUUGGAACUCUUUAAUGCAUUUGUGGAUUUUGGUCGAACAUUUAUUGAACAAGCAUUAAUGAUGUCACCAACUUUACUUAAAUCAUGUAUUCAACAAUAUAUGAUUAAACUUGGAAAAGGAAAAAAGACUUCAAAUGCAGCUCGACAACAUAAAGGCUUACAUGUUAUGUGGGAAUAUUUAAGUACUUAUUCAAAAGCAGCUGAUGCGAAUACAGCAACCGGUGGAAGUAAAUUAUAUUAUCGAACUGAUUUCGCUGAUUAUAUGGUAUCAGUAGGUGAAAGAAAUGCUGCAGUUGGUUUUGUUGAAGGACUUGAUAGGAAUGAAUAUCGAGUAGCAUUAAUUCAAAUAAAAGAACAAAUGGAAACAGCUAUUUAUAAACGAUUGAGUUCACUUGAUAAAUAUAAAUCAUUACAACAACGUCGUCGUCGAAUGUCAAUUGUAGCACCUGUUAGUGAUAAAGGAAAUGCGUUAGAUUUUGAAGAACGAAUUGCAAUUUUCGAUAGUAAUUUUCGAAAUGGAUUAUUUAAAUUAACAGCAAUGUUAAUUCAUAAUAUUGAUGAUUCAGAAGAUAAUGAACAUGAACUUCGUUUUGCAGCUAUUGGUUCUGGACUCAAUGGUCCUAAUACACCAAAAGAAAAUGCACUUGAUCGAGAUAUGGUUCAUGCAAUAGUAUGGUUACCAAUAAAAAUGUUUACUGCAUCUGUUAUGGAAGGAGCAGUUGAUUGCUGGUGUUGGGCAAUUACUGGUCGACCUGAACUUGAAUUAUUAAUUGUCAAAGAAAUUUAUAAAGUUUGGGAAAAAAUUAUUAGCGAUCGUCAUGGUCUUUAUUCAAUUGAUAAACCCGAACCAUCACCACUUGCACCAUCCGAAAAAGAAGAAUUAAAACCUAAACCACCAUCUGUUAAUCCACAUCGAAUAUUUUUAAAAUUUAUUGAAGAACGUAUAUAUCUCUGUAUGCAUAAAGCUGAUAUUGAAAUGGAAAUGCUUGUUGAUUUAUUACAUAAAUCUCUUUCAUUAAUAUUAGAAAAUCCUAAAGCACCAAUGACAAGACAUGUUGGUGGUGUUGGUCUUAGAUUUCGAUUUUUAUAUCUUGCUUUAUAUCUUGUACAAAGUGAUUAUUUAGCUAAUGGUGUUAGUAAAUAUUUAUUACGAGAAAAAAUCUAUCAUACAGCAUUUGAUUAUUUUACUGUUCGUCAUCAUUGUCCGACUCAAACGCAUAAUGAAUUAAGAAAUGAUAUUCGAACACUAAUUCGAUUUUUUUCAUUAGUCCAUGGAGAAAAGAAAUUUUGUAGUGAUUCACCAGUAACAAUUGAUGUUAGUAAUUCAAUACCUAAUGGAAUUAAUAAUGAAGUAAAUGAUGGUAGCUCAUUGUAUGGUACAAAUAAAAGUGGAACAACUGGAUGGAUAAAUACAUUAGCUGGUAAUACUGCAGUUGCAACAGGUGUUAGUGGACAAUCAACAAUAAGUCGAAAAUCUGCAACAUCAGCAAAAAAUACUGAGAAAAGUACUGAUGCACGAAUAUUAUCUCGAGAUUUACUUAAAAAACGUAAUCUUCUUCUAACAUUGAUUGCAUAUGAAAUCGAACGUUUAGAAACAUUUCAUAAUCCUUUGGGACGUCCAGAACUUCAAUUUGAUCAAGAUACACAAUCAACAUAUACAAAUUGGAAAUUAUAUGAUCUGAAUGGAAUAUCGAAUAAAGCUUGGCAAGAAUAUGGGCGUUUAGCAUGGUUUAUUUCACCAGAUUUAGCUAUUAGUCUUUAUUAUACAAUUCCAAAAGAAUCAUUACGUCUUGAAAUACAACGUUUAGUUAGAUCAUAUCCAUUACAAGUUCGUCAUAUACCAGAAGCACUUAGUAUCUUUACAUUAACUUCGGAUAAUGAUCGACAAUGCGAAACAUCUCAUAUUCUAACAUGGGCUGCAAUUAAUCCUGUCGCUGCACUAUCUUAUUUUGCUAGUGCACGACUUAAUCAAGUAGCAAAUUCAUAUACAAUUCAAUUCUCAUCACGAAUGUUAUAUACAACAAAAUCUGAAGCACUUAUUCUAUACAUUCCUCAAUUAGUACAAGCUGUUCGAUAUGAUGAAAUGGGUUUUGUACGUCGUUUAAUAUUGGCAUUAUCAAAAAAAUCCAAUUUAUUAGCUCAUCAACUUAUAUGGAAUAUUCGAACGAAUACAUUUAAAAAUGAAGAUACACCUGAUAAUGAAAUGCAAGCAAAAUUAGAACCCAUUGCACGACAGAUUGAACUUGAUUUUACACCUGAUGCAAAGAAUUUUUAUGAACGUGUUUUUGCUUUUUCGGAUCGUCUUACAAAAGUUUCCGAUACGAUUAAAGUUUAUCCAAAAGGAAAUUCACGAAAAGAAGCUUGUCUACAAGAAUUACGUUCAAUUGGUAGUGAAGUUCCACCUGGUGUUUAUCUUCCAUCAAAUCCUGAAGCAAUCGUUACAUCUUUAAUACCAGAAAGUGGAGCACCAAUGCAAAGUGCGGCUAAAGCACCAUAUCGAGCAACAUUUCGUGUACAAACUGUUGGCAUUGAACAAGUUGAACAUUGUGCUGAUCCUGAUUAUGAAUUAAUGCAAGAUUUUAGUAAUCAAUAUUCUCAAAUGGCUAUUUUUAAAGUUGGUGAUGAUGUUCGACAGGAUAUUUUGGCUUUACAAUUAAUGCGUCUUUUUCAAAAUAUAUUUGAACAAGAAGGUUUAGAAUUAUAUCUAUAUACAUAUCGUGUUAUUGCUACAAGCCCUGGUUGUGGUGUUAUUGAAUGUGUACCAAAUUCUCGUUCACGCGAAGAUAUUGGUAGAAAUACUGAAGUUGGUCUAUUUGAUUAUUUUCGACAUGUUUAUGGAAAAGAUGAUUCAAUUAAAUUUCAAAAAGCACGUCGAAAUUUUGUUAUGAGUAUGGCCGCAUAUUCAAUAGCACUUUUUAUGCUUCAGAUAAAAGAUCGUCAUAAUGGAAAUAUAAUGAUUGAUGAUGAUGGACACAUUGUUCAUAUUGAUUUUGGUUUUAUGUUUGAAUCGUCACCGGGAGGAAAUAUGCGAUUUGAACCAGAUAUUAAAUUAACUGCUGAAAUGAUUCUUAUUAUGGGAGAUUUAACAGCUCCAGCUUUUCAAUGGUUUAAAGAAUUAUGUAUUAAAGGUUAUUUAGCUUUAAGGCCAUAUCGUCAUGAUUUUAUUACUCUUGUUGCACUAAUGCUUGAUACAGGUUUACCAUGUUUUCGUGGUCAUACAUUAGAACAAUUAAAUGCUCGUUUAAAACCAGAUUCAAGUGAAGCAGAAGCUGGUCGUUAUAUGCACGAAGUAAUUAAUCGAUGUGCACAUAGUUUAAGAACACGUCUAUAUGAUUAUAUACAAUAUCAACAAAAUUCAAUUCCUUAUUAA